AUGAUAAUUGGACUCUAUGGGACGGGGACCCCUUGCCGCAUCUCCCGUCCCUGUUUAGUAAAGCCUCUUAUUUCCAUCUUAUUCUCGUCACAGGUAGGGGUGGCAAGCGGGGAAGCCCGCCCCGCCCCGUCCCUCCCCUACUACAAGAAAUGCGGCGCCGUCUUCGGUCUACUGCCGCCGCGCCAUCUUCACUCUACUGCCGCCGCGCCGUCGUCACUCCACUACCGCCGCGUCCGGCGUCUCUCCGUCAAACUCGCGUCGCCAUCGCACCGUCAAACUCGCGUCGCCGUCGCGCCGUCGCACCGUCACACUCGCAUCGCCGUUGCUCCAGGCUCUUCUGCUGAUUUGGCGAACCAGGAGACAGUUCAGAAGGUCUGUGACAUAGUCAAGAAGCAAUUGGCACUGCCAGAGGGUUCAAGUGUCACUGGAGAGUCCAAGUUUGCUGCCCUUGGAGCUGAUUCUCUUUACACAAUUUUGUGCAACCUCCUAUCCGCUUGUUCUGUCGCCGGAGCUUACUCUUCCGCUGGAAAAUGGAUAACUUUUCUGCAAUGUGCUGCAUUCUUGGAAGUUAUACAUGGAGCCAUUGGGCUUGUGCCAAGUGGAGCAUUGCUUCCUCUCAUGCAAUGGGGAGGGAGGACACAUUUUCUGCUUGCUAUUGUUACCAAACUUGAUGAGGUCCAAAAGUUACCUUCAGUUUUUAUCACCUUUUUCGCAUGGAGCAUAAGCGAGGUCAUUAGAUACUCACAUUAUGCUUUUAGCUGCAUUGGAAAUUGCCCUUAUUGGAUAACCUAUCUCAGGUACACUGCGUUUAUUGUGCUGUAUCCUUUGGGAGUAGGUCCUGGUGAAAUUUGGAUCAUGUACCGGGCACUUCCAAUUGUAAAGAAGAAGAACCUCUAUUCAGAAACCUUUUCAGGCCUCCCAUUUAGCUACUAUAAUUUCCUUAAGUUCUUUGGAAUAAAUCAGGUCUAUAUCAUUGGAGGAGAUGGAACUCAGAGAGGUGCUAGCAGGAUUUUUGAGGAGGUUAGAAGGCGUGGUCUCAAAGUUGCUGUUGUAGGAAUCCCCAAAACCAUAGAUAAUGACAUCCCGGUUAUUGAUAAGUCAUUCGGGUUUGAUACAGCUGUUGAGGAGGCUCAACGUGCUAUAAAUGCAACACAUGUUGAAGCUGAGAGCAUCGAGAAUGGCAUAGGUGUUGUCAAGCUCAUGGGAAGAUACAGUGGGUUUAUUUCAAUGUAUGCUACUCUUGCGAGUCGAGAUGUGGAUUGCUGCUUAAUUCCAGAGUCACCCUUUUACCUGGAAGGGCCAGGUGGAUUGCUUGAAUUUGUAGAAAGGAGACUCAAAGAAAACGGCCACAUGGUUGGUGGCUCUUCGGAUAGAUAUACUCUUUUUUGUCAUCGCUAGCACCUCUCUGAGUUCCAUCUCCCUAUUGCAUUUUUUUCUUAUUGUUUAAAAAUAGUUCUUUGUAUGCUUAUGAAUUCAUUUGCAUUUGAAUAUUGUCUUAUGCUUGUUCUAACUAGAUAUUGAAUAGAGCAUAGUUGUUCAUGAAUUAUUUUUAUCAUGUUUUAGUUUA